AGGAGUCUGGACUGAGCAUGCGCAGUGGCCCUGUGGUGUAGGAAGUUUGUCUCCUUGUUACCUGUUUGGUUUUGAACGUUUGGACUCAGAUCUUUAAAAGAAGUUUGAACUGAUCUGGAUCCUGUUUGAAUGUAAUCUAUUACUUUCUCCUGUGUCAGCGUCUCAUUGAUUAUUGAUUUGUGUCAGAGAUGACUUCAGCUUCAGAUCUGGAUCAGCUGGCAGAGAUCGAGCUGCAGAAGGAGGAGGAGGAGGAGCAGGAGGAGGAGGAGCAGGAGGAGGAGGAGCAGAAGGAGGAGGAGGAGCAGCAGGAGCAGCAGGAGCAGGAGGAGGAGCAGGAGGAGGAGCAGGAGGCUCCAUCACUUCCUCCCAGCAGCACCGUCACACCUGACCUGUCUCACCCGUAUUACGACGUGGCUCGACACGGCAUCGUGCAGGUCUCCGGUGACGAUAACUACGGCAGGAAGUUGAUCAUCUUCAGCAGCUGCUGUUUGCCUCCGUCACACCAGCUGAACCACCGACGCCUGCUGGAGUACCUGAAGUUCACCUUGGACCAGUACGUGGAGAUGGACUACAUCCUGGUCUACUUCCAUCAUGGUCUGAGGAGCAGCAACAAGCCGUCUCUGAAGUGGCUACGGGAGGCGUACGGCGAGUUCGACAGGAAGUACAAGAAGAACCUGAAGGCUCUGUACGUCGUCCAUCCAACAAACUUCAUCAGAAUCGUCUGGAACAUUUUCAAACCUCUGAUCAGUCAUAAGUUUGGGAAGAAGCUGACGUACGUGAACUACCUGGCCGAGCUGCGAGCUCACCUGAACUACGAGCAGCUGCUCGUCCCCGCCGACGUCCUCAGACACGACGAGAAGUUACGAGCCGCUCAGACAGACGGAGCUCCUCCGUCAGCAAAGACGCCUCCACCUCGACCUCCACUGCCCACGCAGCAGUUUGGAGUCAGCCUGCAGUACAUCAGAGAGAAGAACAUGGAGGCCGUCAUCCCUCCUGUCAUGUCUCACACUGUCGCCUACCUGAAGGACAAAGGUCUGAGGACUGAGGGCAUCUUCAGACGUUCAGCUCAAGUUCAGCUCAUCAAAGACGUCCAGAAGCUUUACAACCUCGGGAAACCUGUGAACUUUGACGAGUACGCCGACGUCCACGUUCCCGCUGUGAUCCUCAAGACGUUCCUCAGAGAACUUCCUGAACCGCUGCUCACCUUCAGAGUCUACAGCCAGGUCCAGGAGAUCCUCAAUGUGGAGAGCAGCCUGAGGGUCAGCCGCUGUAAGCAGAUCGUGGAAAGUCUUCCUGAACAUCACUUCAUCGUCACGAAGUUCCUGCUGGGUUUCCUCCACACGGUGUCUCAGGAGAGCAUCGUGAACAAGAUGAGUCCGUCUAACCUGGCCUGUGUGUUCGGGGUGAACCUGGUCUGGCCUCGUCACGGUUCGAUCUCUCUGAGCGCUCUGACCCCGAUCAACAUCUUCACCGAGAUCCUCAUUGAACAUUUCCACAUCGUGUUCGGAUCCCGCUGCCCACCUGCUCAGGUACUGCCCUGAACCUGCUCAGGUGACGCCCUGAACCUGCACCUCAGCACUGACCCACAUGGUCUCAUCCUCUGGGGCUGAACCGUCUUGUUUUGCUGAAGUUUUUUUAAACUUUUAUUCCUCAAAACUUUGACGUUUCGUCUCGUCUGGCCAAGAAUCUAAAAGUGUGACGCUCUCCAGAGGAUGAACCUUCACUCUGUCACUGUCCUAGACUCUCUGAGCUUUUGCUUCAGCGCCACCUUCAGGACAGAAUGUGAGCUUUGCACACAGGAAACAGUAUUAUCAGCUGAUUACUACACGAAUAUUUGACAAAUGAGAGGUAUGACGUCGUUUAAAGCAGAACACUGUUUGAAUAAUUAAUUACUGAUUAAACAUCAACACUGCUCACAAACGUUUAUUAAAUGUUCCACCUGAGAGGAGUAAGAAUGUUUUUGUAACGUGGUUUUAUAUUUUUUGUUCUGUGAUGAAUUAAAAACUUUUCAGAUGAAUUAAAGUGGAAACAUGUUUUCAUGUGAGCGUUACUGAAGUCUGACGACGUUCAGGCUGAUUCUUAAUACUGAAUGUUUUAAACAUUAAAAAAUGUGAACGCUGCUUUAUAUUGAAGUUAAAUAUUAUGUAAGAGCUGCUUCCUCUCAGUUCACUCUAAAUAUUAUUUAAUAAGAUCAUGUCAGUCAGGCUGAAUUCAGAUUGUCAUGUUUUUAAUUUUCAGAUUUACAUUGAAUGUCCUGAAACCUGUUACAAACAUUUGUUACGCUAAUUCACUUUUUAAUCACUUUGGUUUUAAUCACGAGUAUAAUUAAAGUAUAAAUGUGGAAACAGACUUUGAUAUGAGUUUUUCUCUGAGAUCAGCUGGAAAUAAAAAUUCUGUAUUUUCUGAAAA